AUGAUUGGUUUGCCCAUGAAAAAGAUCGUGAAAAACUCACUCGGCUACGACAAUUCUCUCUUUGUUUACCAAGACAAACAAAUGUUUAAUUACUCGGUUGACACAAUUUUGCUCGGCAACUUUGCGACCCUUAACGCCAGCACUCAGAAAGUUUUGGAAAUUGGUACUAACAACGCCGCGCUGGCGCUUUUUUUAGCCGCGCGCAGCACUAAAAUUCACGUUGAUGCCUUAGAAAUUCAACCCGAAGCGCUCCAAGUGGCGCGGCAAAACGUGACUCUCAACCAAAAAGAGCAACAAAUCACUUUAAUUGAGGGUGACUUUAACGAUUAUUGGCAAACUUAUGCAGCUAAACCCAAGUCAUCGCUUUACGAUUUAAUCGUGGUCAACCCGCCCUUCUAUAAACCUGGUACGACCAACUUAGGCAAAAUUUCGCCCAGCAAACUGAUGGCGACCCACGAAGUAAGCAUCACUUUGGAAGAUAUUAUCGGCGGAUCCGCUCAUCUACUCAAAAAAAACGCUUACUUGGCACUUGUGAUCGCGACCGAGCGGCUGGUUGACGUUUGCCACUUGAUGCGUCAAGCUGGCUUUGAAGUUAAAAGGGUUCAGUUUGUCCAUCCGAGAACUUUCCAAAAAUCUAACUUGGUAUUGGUCGAAGGUCGCUACCAAGCGGGUUGGGGAACCCACUUUUUACCUAAUCUUUAUCUCCAUCCCGACGACUUAGGUAAAAGCUCUUACCGUCCCGAGGUCGUCAAGCUCUACCGACCGAUCAAAGUCAAUCAGAAAGAUGGCCAUGGCUAA